UCGGCCACUCUCUUCUCCAGCCAAUGAGAGUCCGCAUGGGCGUGUCUUAACCCGCGAAAAGACUAUAAAUACAAGGCAGCUCGCGCAGCCCGUGACAGACGUUCCUUGUUUUGGCGUUGACGGAUAGAUCGAUACAAAAAAAUCGUCGCUUUAUUAGAGUGCCAUGGCACGUACUAAACAGACGGCUCGUAAAUCCACCGGCGGUAAAGCCCCCAGGAAGCAGCUGGCCACCAAAGCGGCCAGGAAGAGUGCGCCCUCCACCGGUGGAGUCAAGAAGCCCCACAGAUACCGUCCUGGAACCGUGGCUCUUCGUGAGAUCCGUCGGUAUCAGAAGUCCACAGAGUUGCUGAUCCGCAAGCUUCCGUUCCAGCGUCUGGUUCGUGAGAUCGCUCAGGAUUUCAAGACCGACUUGCGUUUCCAGAGUGCUGCCAUCGGCGCCUUGCAGGAGGCAAGCGAAGCAUACCUGGUGGGUCUGUUUGAGGACACCAACUUGUGCGCAAUCCAUGCCAAACGUGUCACCAUCAUGCCCAAAGACAUCCAGUUGGCCCGUCGAAUUCGUGGAGAGCGUGCUUAAACGCUUUAUGUACUCAACUUUUUGUGUGUGUGUGUGUGUGUGUGGAGGAAUAUAUGGGGACGGGGUUUGAUGUGUGGGAGGGUUGGGUGGGAGGGACAUCAGGGUUCUUACUCUUGACAUAAAUGCCUGUGUAGUUUUAAGUUUAUUUUUUAUUUUUUUUUUGGUAGUUGCGGUAGGGGAGGGGUAUCUUGUGGUUCAAGUUGAUAGAAGGGGGGCAGCGUCAGAACAUUCCGGGAGCUCCUCAGGGUUUUAAAGUUCGUAUUUUAGACUUUCAUAUACCUCUGCCUAGUCUGCAUGCUUCAUGAUGAAUUGGUGUCCUUUUAUUUCUAUUGUUAUUAUAUUGGGUUUCUCUUCUAUUGUGGCCAUUUGGUUGUAAAUAAACUUUCCACUACCUCA